AUCACCAUUUUGGCGGAUUCAAACCGGAUCGGAUCCGGUUCGGAUGAGAGAGAACCCAAAUGUACUGUCGCUAUAAACCAUACCUUCUGUUAUUUUGUAACUACAAUGGCGGCAUCUCCAAAUUACGAACCCUCGGCUACCCAAACCCUGAAACCUCAACACCCCUCAAUGAACGGCGAAGACUCAGUCCCCGAACCCUCUCAGCCACCCCAACAGGACCUCGACCAAGAUCACUCCAAUUCCCAAUCAGCAUCGGCGGACGACACCGUUUCCGUCGGCGAGAAGCGAAAGCGAGAGGACCCACCACCCUCGGACCAGUCGUCCCUUCACCCACUGUGGAAGACCAGCCUCUGCUCCUACUUCAGGCGCAACUCCGGGUCCUGCAGCCACGGCGACUCGUGCAGGUACGCCCACGGCGAGGAGGAGCUCCGCCCGCGGCCCGAUAACACCUGGGACCCGACCUCGGAGCGCGCCAAGAAGGCGUUGAGGUCCGAGGAGAGCGAGAGGCAAGAGCGCCCGGAGGAGGAUGUAAUGAUGACUGAGGCGGUUGUCGACGAGGAUGAUGACGAUAAGGAUGAUGACGAUAAGGAUAAUGACGGUUGCUUGGACUCUGAGCUUAGGAAGUGCUUGGUGCAUUUGCCGAGGAAGUGGCACUCUGAGAAUUUGAUGAAGUUUCUUGGUGAAGAGGGAGUUCCUUUCAAAUCUGUGAAGAAAAAGAAAGGCAUGACUGUGGGUUUUGUGAGUUUUGAAAGUGCAGUACAAUUGAAGACUGCCCAAGAGGAACUUAAAGGAAAGUCUAUUGGCAACAAAAAUCUAAAGGUUGCUGAUAUCAUUCCUCGAUCAUUUGAAAAGAAAAUAAGAUCAGCAGUGGCUCUCCCUAUAAGGGACCAGCAAACUAGGGAACCUGCAUUGGAUGGAGACAAUGUAGGGGUACCUAUCUCUUCAAAUGGGAUUGAGGAUGGCGAUACCAAUAAUGACGAUAAAAACUGUUCAACAGUGGAUGGUUCUGUUUCCAGGGCAAGACGUGCCCGUGAUGUUGUGACUCCUCUUGCUCAUAUGUCUUAUGUUGAUCAGUUGGAGCACAAAAGGAACUCUCUUAUGCAGAUUCUCAAAAGACUUACUAGAAAUGCACGUAAAGCUUGCCCGAAUGGUGUAUCACUUCCAGAAUGGAUUCUAAAAUCUAGAGAAAUAGGCGGUCUUCCAUGUGAACUAGAGGGUAUAAUUGAAUCACCACUUGUAAAUGGAUACCGCAACAAGUGCGAGUUUUCAGCUGGAUAUUCUCUACAGGGCAAACCAACUGUGGGAUUCAUGCUCGGUAACUUUAGGGAGGGUGUGACAGCAGUUGAAGAACCUGUGGACUGCCCAAACGUUUCAAGAAUUGCUUGCAAAUAUGCUUCCAUAUUUCAGGAAUUUUUGCAAAACUCAGGAUUACCAAUUUGGAACAGAUUUAAUAAUACUGGAUUUUGGCGUCAAUUAACAGUUCGAGAAGGAAGAGCCCCAGGGAAGGUUGAUGUUGAAAAUUCCGAUGCCAGCAUUUCAGAGGUCAUACUCGUUGUUCAGGUUUGCUCUGUGGGAUUUGAUGAUGCUGUAAUUACUGGUGAAUUUAAGAGGCUGGCUGAAGCAUUCACUGAAGGGGCUGCAGAAAAUUCUCCAUCUUUGCCUUUAACAGCUUUGGUUGUUCAGGAUCACCAAGGAAUAUCAAAUGUUGCACCAACUGAUGCUCCAUUGCGCCAAUUGCCCAUUCCUAAAGCCGCUGGUCCUGAACCAGAUGCUACUGCUGAUCCUGUAGAGGCGAGAAUUCAUGACUCUAUAGGCGAUCUUCAUUUCUGUAUAUCUCCCACAGCUUUUUUCCAGGUUAACACUCUUGCUGCUGAGAAGCUAUACUCGCUUGCUGGGGAUUGGGCUGGUUUGGGCCCUGAUACCUUGCUGUUUGAUGUAUGCUGUGGAACUGGUACAAUUGGCCUGACUUUAGCACAUCGUGUUGGUAUGGUGAUUGGCAUUGAAAUGAAUGCUUCUGCAGUUUCAGACGCUUAUAGGAAUGCUGAAAUCAAUGGCAUUAAAAACUGUAAAUUUGUUUGUGCAAAGGCGGAGGAUGUAAUGGGGUCAUUAUUGAAAGAGUACCUAAAUUUGCCUCAGAAGUCAGAUGAGAUUUCAAAUACUUCUGAAAGUAGUGACAAAGAAAUUGCUACUCCUGUAGAGAAAGAUACCUCAAUUGACAAUGUACUAGAGCCUGAAGAGAACUCAAGCCAUGAUCAUGUAAAUAAUAAAAGUGCUUCUGAUUGUUUAGAAAAUGGAGGACAAGAAACUGGGAUCCAACAGCAGGGGAAUGGCACUUCUGAAUGUGGGAAUACUUCUGUGCCACAGUUUAAGAAUGUUGUUGCCAUUGUUGAUCCUCCACGUGUUGGACUUCAUCCCAUUGUGAUUAAAGCGCUGAGAACUCAUCCUCGUCUGCACAGGCUUGUUUACAUUUCCUGCAAUCCCGAGAGUUUGGUGGCAAAUGCUAUUGAGCUUUGCACACCAUCUCCUCAGAAAAUUGAAAAAGGAAAUAAAAACAACCGGGGAUGGAGAGGUAUGAGUAGUGCUGGUCUAGCACGGCACAGGGCCAAGUCCAUGCCAAUUUCAGAGCCUUUCCGACCAGUAAAAGCCAUGGCGGUUGAUCUUUUCCCGCAUACCGUGCACUGUGAAAUGGUGAUGCUCCUAGAAAGGUAGAUAUCAAAGAAGUCUCUACGGAGAUGACUUGAUUUUAAAUUUAUCUGAUCCCAAAAAAAAUUUCUCAAGGCUUUGAUGAGUUGUGGAUUACCCAAAAAAUUAGCUAGACAUUUGACAUUUACCAUUUUUGUACAACUGUUAUAGCAUGAAUUCAGUUUGACAUUAAACUCAUCAACUUGUUUUUAGUA